AUGGCGAGCUUCUCCAAGACUCUGCUACUGAGCCUGGCACUCACGGCUAUUGCAGGUGCUGCUCCAGUGGGCAAGAUCAUCCAAAGUCCAGAAGAUGCUUGCUCCUCUCUCGCUUCGACCUUUAGCUUUCCAAAUGCCAAAAUAAACUUCGCCCACCAUGUCACAGCAGGAACGAAUCUCACGCUGGACACAUCGACUGAAGAUCUCCAGACAUGCGGAUACUCGACCGGCCAGGUCGUGCCUGUCGAUCUCUGCCGAAUCAGUGCGUAUGUAGCGACCAGUAACCGUUCCGGCAUAACCAUGGAAGCCUGGCUACCCAGCAAUUGGACCGGACGUUACUUGAGCACUGGCAAUGGCGGCCUCAACGGCUGUCUGUCCUACGGCACCAUGGCAUACGGGACGGAAUUCGGCUUCGCAGCCAUCGGUGCCAACAACGGUCACGAUGGCACAAGCGGCAAAUCCUUCUACCAGAACGACGACGUUGUCACCGACUUCGCUUGGAGGAGUUUGGUGACCGAAACCAAAGUCGGCAAGGCCAUCACCGAAGCGUUCUAUUCCCAAGGCUGGACCAAGAGCUACUAUCUGGGCUGCUCGACCGGCGGACGACAAGGUUUCAAAAUGGCUCAAUCCUUCCCGGAACUCUUCGACGGUAUCGUAGCAGGAGCUCCAGCCAUAGCCUUUAACAACCUCACUUCAUGGUCCGGUCACUUCCUCCCCAUCACUGGCACCAACACAUCUUCAGACUUCAUCACACCAGCCAAAUGGUCGCUAAUCCACGCCGAUAUUCUCAAACAAUGCGACAGCCUCGAUGGCGCGGAAGACGGAAUAAUCGAAGACCCAUCCCUCUGUCAUUACAAACCCGUCGCCCUCCAAUGCCCCUCCACUGCCACGGAUACCUCAACCUGCCUCACACCAGCACAAGUCAAUAUCGUCACCGGAAUCUUCUCCCCAUAUUACGGAGAAAACGGCUCUCUAAUCUAUCCUCGCAUGCAACCCGGUUCCGAACUCGUAGCUUCUGGCGUCAUCUACAACGGAGUUCCCUUCCCCUACUCGGCCGACUGGUACCACUACGCAAUAUACAACGACCCAACCUGGGACUUAACCACCCUCUCCUCAGCAGACGCAGCAUUCGCCCACGCCAAAGACCCCUCCGGUAUUGAAACCUGGUCUGGCGAUCUCUCACCCUUCCAAUCCCGAGGCGGAAAACUCCUGCACUUUCACGGUUUGAUGGAUGGAGUCAUCUCCUCGGACAUUUCUCCUCGCUACUACGAACACGUCUCCACAACCAUGGGCCUCUCACCUUCCGAACUCGACUCUUUCUAUCGCUUCUUCAGAAUUUCGGGGGCGGGGCAUUGUAGCGGUGGUGAUGGGGCUUGGCAAAUUGGUCAGGUGACUGGCGGGAAGAGGGAUGCGAGUCAUAAUGUUUUGCAAAGGAUUAUUGAGUGGGUUGAGGAAGGAGAGAGUAAAGCUCCGGAAAGUGUGGUGGGCACGCGGUAUGUGGAUGGUGCGUCGGGUGACGGGGCGGAGGUGGACUAUGAACGGAGACACUGUAAGUAUCCUUUGAGGAAUAAGUGUGUGGAUUCGGAGAAUUGGAAGAGUGCGGAUGCUUGGGAGUGUGUGAGGUAA